AAUUCCAAAGAUUGGGCUAGGCAAAAAGGAAAAUCGAAAAAUAAGCACAUUUCACAAACUAAAGAAAAAACGACGUCAUUUAAUCUCCAAUCUGAUACCUUGCAGCGAGUCGACUCAACGGGUGUAUAUGGCUCAUUUUUCUCACCUGGACAGGGUCAACCGGCGGGUAGACCUGUGGGUUCACAACCUUGUUAUGAGAAGCGAGUUGAUCUAGUCAAUCACUUUCCAUUCAUGCUCUAGUGCUUGUGAUAUUCAUUUUUUGGACAUUCGUAUUAGUCAAGGUUCAAGAAGGCGUUAUGUGUAAGGCGGGCGCUGAGGCUUUGCCUAGUGCCUAGCUCGCUAAAAUGUAUACUAAGCGUGCCUAGACGUUGGAAGAAAAAUAGCUAUUCGCACUGCAUGAUAAAUGAAAUAAUAACCUACAACACUUCCUCGCUUCAAUUAAACUUAUUAAUAACUUACUCAACACUUAACACCAAGAACAUAGCUCACGAAAUCAUAGAAUCAUAGCUCAAUAGCUCACAAAGUUUUUGAGCUAUUGAAAAUAUUGAUAUAGAAAAUUGAUUUUGAAGUUGACGUUAAUUUCCUCCUUCAAUAUUGACUUCCUAGCUUCAUCUAGUUAUGUUUAGGAGAGAAUUAGAUGUCGACUUACUCCAUUGACGUGUUCUAAUAUCUAGCUAGGCGCGAAACCCCUAGGCAAUGCGUUUUGUCAUUGCCUUGCACCUAAACGUGCCUAAGCGUAAGGUUAAACAUGUCUUUUUGAAGGAAGAAAUCCCAAAAUACACAUGUUAUAUGAAAAAUUUCCAAAAUACACAUGUUUGUUCAUCACUACGGUCGUCAACUGCAGUGAAUGCAUUCACCUCGGCAGACGAAAGCGGUGAAUGCAUCACCUCGGUUAACGAUCGCGGUGAAUGCCUAACCUAACACUGAAACUUCAAACGAACGUAACUUUGUGCUCGGUUAUCCGAUUGUAGCGAAAUUUAUUUUAUUCCACAUAACUUUUCAAGAAUUUUCAAUAUGCAAAGAGCCUUCAUCCCAAAAAAAAUGUCGUUUGCUACCCCGAACGAACAAUUUUUUUAUUUCGACAAACUUUGUAAGACCAUAACUUUGUGCUCUGCAAUCCAAAUGUCAUGAAUUUUUUUAUAUUUUGCAUAAAUUUUGAAGGACUACAUCUUUUAUCAUAACCAUAAUUUUGGAAUGUAUGUGGAUUUGUGAAUAGUAAAGGCAAAGUUAUUCCCAAAAUCCCGUAUACCCAAAAAUAUUUACUUUUUAAAUAAUUCUUUCCUAGUAAAAGUUGUAGUUCUCAAAAAUUAUGCGCAAUAAAAUAUAACUUUAUGAUGUUCGGAUUGAGCAGCAAAAAGUUAUGGCCUUACGAAAUUUGGAAAAUCGAAAAAUUGCUCAUUCGGGGUAGCAAACGACAUUAAUUUGAAAUGAAGGUUUUUCCAAAUUGAAAAAUCUUGAAAAGUUAUGCGGAAUUAAAAACAAUUUCGCUACAAUUGGAUAAUUGAGCGCAAAGUUACGUUCGUUUGAAGUUGCAGUGUUACGUUAGACAUUCACCGCGGCCGUCAACCACGGUGAUGCAUUCACUGCUUUCGUCUGCUACGGUGAAUGCAUUCACUGCGAUUGACGACCGCGGUGAUGCACGAACAUGUGUAUUUUGUGAAUUUUUCAUAAAACAUGUGUAUUUUGAAAAAAAAAAAUUUAAAAAUAUGUGUAAUCUUAGCUUUUUCCCCAUGGUAUUAGUAGACGUGAUAAAUCAAUUUUUUUUGGAUGAAUGAUAAAUCAAUUUGUACAACAUGAUAAAGUUGUUUGUUUGUGAAUGUAUUACUCGGUCUGAUUGGUAUUACAUUGUUCGAUUAUAUAUUACUUUAAUAAUUAUAUCAUAUUUGUAUGUUACAAACUAAAAUCAUGAUGAUUUAAAAAAAUUACGCUUGAUUUGUCGGAUUUUACGAAUCUUGGUUUUUAAUGGAACAGUUCUCUCUCGUAAUCAUCUUGUGAAACUUCUUUUUUCAUCGGUUUCUAUUACUUAUUCUUUAUCAUGAUUCUGUCUCAGUAAAGCUUAAACGACAGUUUUUUUCUCUUCUUUGAACAAUGAACAAAAGUAGUUAAUGCACAAUCUUGUAAUCAAUACAAUGUUAGAUAUUUUUAUAGCUAAAAAACACUGCAUAGCAUUACAAUGAUGAGAGCGUUGUCCCUUUUGCAAAUACUAUUGGGGAUAUUGUUGGCAUUGAAUGUGCUCUAAUUACUUAGGUAAUAUAACUAUAGUUUGGUACAUGCGUUACCUAAAUAGUGUAAGUAGGUAUUGUAUCUAGUAUAUGAUUUUUUUUCAAAAGCAAGUAAAAUGCAUACAUUUGAUUGUUGAUAACUUGAUAUGAUACUUGAACAUUGAAAAUAAAUGAUUUAGUGGUCGUUUUGUUUCUACCAAUGUUAAAUUAAUAAAUUUUUAUUUUGCCACGUCAUUAAAACCAAUUGAGGUGUCCCCCCUGACCGGCUAAGAGAGAAGCGUCGGUACUGCGAGAAGGGUAUACCCGGCCAAGAAGGAAGAAUACCCAAUCGGAUAAAAGGAGCAGAAGGCCCCUUGGUCGAUGAGUUAAAAUACUCGAUCGGUAAUUUCAGGGGGUCCGACCGGGUAUUUUCACCUAGUGACGGGAUUUUGUGUUUUAAAUUGUUUUUGUUAUUUUUAAUUGUCCAUGCCUAUAUAAAUGCUGAUACUCUAGUUUUAAAGUUAGUUUUUGCAUAAUAUUGAACUUUUAUCUUGGUUUUGAGUUUAGACUUGAAUUAUUCUCUGUAUCAAUCAAGUUUUCCCCUUGAUUGUGGUCGAGAUUCUACCUAUUAUAUUGAUAGAGACUUCUCUCGAUUUCGUGUUGAGAUUUCACUUUCAAUUCCAUCUUAUCCCAAACAAACAAACAAAAAAACCAAAAAAUAUCUUUCUUGAUCGUUCUUGAAGCUGUGUAAUUUGAUAACUACGGGUAGAGGAUCCGUGCUCGUAUCAGGUGGUAUCAGAGCUCUAGUUCAACAUAGUGGCGAGAUCGAAGGCCAGGGGACCAGUUUUGUCACGAACAAGGUCCAAAGACCCAUCGCACACCGCAGAUCAGAAGUGGAUUCUUUGUGAGAAGAAUAAGAAGAAACCAUAUUCGAAGAACCAUCCAUGGCGGAACAGCAGGUAAACAUGAUCGAGCUCCUUCAAACACUCACUACUCAUCUAAAUGUGGUGUUCCAGACCCAGUUCCACCAGAUCAACAAGCGUUUGGAUGCUCUUUCACCGCCAGCAGCAGGACUCCAUCCGAUUCCGGAGAGAGAUCGACAGUAGGGCAUUCCAACUAGAACCAACCAAGCCCUAGAUGAAAGACUUAACCACCUGGAGUGAAGAUUGAUCAUAAUAUAGCCAAAUCAAGUGCAUCAAGAACAUGAAUUUCGUGAUUAUGGAGAAAGGCCCCCCAAAGGUAGGGCGCGAAGGUACCGUUACUGAAUUACGCGGAAUCAAGCUGUCAAUUCUGUCGUUUCAAGGAUCUCUCAAUGCAUCUGCAUACCUGGAUUGAGAGAGGAAGAUCAUCAUAAUCUUCCAAUGUGGUAACUACAGCGAGCAACAAAAGGUAUCCCUAGCCACAUAUGAAUUCAUUGAUUAUGCAACCGUAUGGUGGGAGUAGGUACAACUUAAGAGAAGAAGGAAUCUGCAGCCAGAUGUGACAACUUGGGUUGAAUUGAGAAGACUCAUGAGAGAGAGUUUCGUGCCAGGAUACUAUCAAAGAGAGCUCUUUGGUUCCUUGCAGGGACUUCGGCAGGGAGCACGACCUGUUGAGGAGUAUUUACGGAAGGUUGAACUGCUCAUGAUGAGAGAUGAUGUGAGGGAGGACAAGGAAGCAACAAUUGAUCCAUUCUUACAUGGGCUCAACAUAAAGAUCAAGCAAGAAGUCGAGCUUUGUCAGUUUGUGGAGCUGAAGGACGUGGUUCACCUAGCCACUAAGGUGGAGAAGCAGAUGAAGGUGAGCUCGGGAAGAAGGUACCCACCUUCGCCCAAACCAGUUGCAGAGGGCAUUCUUAAUGCCAAUGUGAAUCACUUUUGGCCUGAGGGUGACAGGCCAUCAGCUAGAAAUAUGGCCCCAGCCAUCCAAGCUAGAAAUGAAGGGUCAACUGGAAGCAUCCAAUGGUUCAAGUUCUUGGGUCGAGGUCACAAGAUGAACCAGUGCCCCAACAAGAAGGCUCUGGUCUUGUGAGAUCGAGAGUACUUUUCUGAGGAGGAGUAUGAAGAGAAACCCAUGGGGAACAGAUUCAGUUAUGAUGUUGAAUCUAAAGAUGAUGAUGUGGAUGAGCACGUCAAGACUGAGAAAUUAAACUUCUUGGAGUCAA